CUUCCUACAGUGCCCGCUAACCCUCCGCUCCCUUCCCCCGCAGGCAACAACUUCCGAUGCGACAAGCGGCUCAGCUGGAUGUUCAGUCUGCGCAACUCGACGCGGAGCAUGACGGUGCGCCGCAACCUGGACGAGGUGAUCUGCUACCUGGAGGGCACCACCAUGCCGCCCAGGCUGGCCGAGGACGAGACUGUCACCCCCGCCUACGAGACCACCACCCUCGGCAUUGGACCCAUGAUGAGGCUGCUGGCCCUGCAUGAGGCUGAGCUGCCCGACCCCAUGACUCGCUGGAUGCAGACUGUCGACCCUGACGACUGCCCCGAGGAGGAGGCGGGCGAGGGCUCCCCACAGUCCCCCACCAAGGAGGAGGAGGACAAGAAUGGGAGGCGUCGUGGCAGCCGUGUCCGAAAUGGCCGAAAGCGGGCCAACCAGAAGAACAAGGCACAGAAUGACAUGGCCCCCGUGGACAACGAAGUACAGUCAGAGCCCGGACACCCCCUCGCCGAUGCCCAGCCACCGGCGCCCGUGCAGGAGUCCCGCUCCCACAACGGGGCCACCACCUUGGCAUCCUGGCCCAGCACCGGCCGGGUCCUGCUGGCACUGUGCCUGCUGCUGCUGCUGCACGCCACGCCUCACUGAGGGCUUCCAAGCACCCAUCAGGGCCUCCACAUGUUCUGAAAUGCCAGAUUAUGUUAUUGAUUCAAAUGUUUUCCAUGUUACAAGUGUGAUGCAGGUCAAUUGGAGCCAACCAACACUAAUCUGCACCCUCACCACCUCCAGGGACGGCCAGGACCAUGCAGUGAUCGUGAAAAUAUGUAAAUAAACAAUUUUAUGUGGAAAAUUUCUCAUCUUAGACGUGCCAAAAUACUCGCUUCGAAGAGAGAAAUGAAACCCAAAAAUGUUACCCGGUGACCCCACCCUCCCCACCCACAUGUCUGCCCCCCUCCCCUCCCCCCUCCUAACCUGCCCACUACCCCUCCUCUCCUCCCCCGAGUAACCCACCACCACCCAACUGAAGUAUAAGUGCCCCCCCAUCCCCUCCCCCUAACCCACCAUCUGGCGCCCCCCAACACAGCCCCACCGUAGGUCUGGCCACCUCAACAGUACAGUGUUAUGUACAUAAACUUUACCUCUUAAUAGUGAGUCCUUACUGAUGGCGUGCGUGUGAGUACAGUGUGUGAGUACAGCCUCUCUAAGCCAGUGUUAUGAUGCCUUGUACAUACUAACUUAGCGAAGCAGUGAACCGCGCUCUGGGUACUCGCGUAGAAGUCACUCGUGUAAAUGUUAAUCCAUAGUGGAAGUAGAUACCCCUCACUCCCUCGAGCUAUGGUGUGUUCAACUGAGGAAAGGGAAACAAAACUAACCGCUGGGGAGGUACCUAACCCAACCUAACCCUGGAAAAGAAGUAGCAAUGAAAUCCUGUGAAAGCAGAUACCCCUCACUCCCUUGAGCUAUGGUGUGUUCAACUGAGGAAAGGGAAACAAAACUAACCGCUGGAGAAGUACCUUACCCAACCUAACCCUGGAAAAGUAGUAGCAAUGAAAUCCAGUGAGAGCAAACCCAUCCCCUCAAGCUAUGGUGCGUUCUACUGAGGGAAGGAAAACAAAACUAACCGCUGGGAAAGUACCUAACCCAACCUAACCCUGGAAAAGUAGUAGCAAUGAAGAAAAGUUGACCCCAUAAACUUGGCCUUAAAAGAGUUACGAUAAAUUAGACUUUCACACGAGUACUCACAGCGGGCCUUUGAAGCACUGGCUGCCUGCCCCC